GCGUUCCGUGGGGUUGCAUUUCCUAAAUUCUCCAUCUCUUGGAUUCACAUUGUAAGUACAAGUUCCUGGCUGGCUUAAUGUGAUAUUCGGAAUCCUAUCUUGCACUUCUUUAGUUUGACACAAGUUGCAACCCAAUUACAAGGAAUCCUCAAAGGCUAAGCUAACAUAUUUGCAUGAAGGGGUCAGCUGAUUCGUUCGAACUGAGAAACCGACUUGGGAAGAAAAAGGAUUUCCGGAGUUGGUCCAGCCAAUGAGAGCAUUCCACAUGCGGACACCGAACAGUGCAUGCGGAUCAGUCGAGAGGGACAGAAGAGAAACGCGAUUGGUGCUGAUGGUGAUAGUGCGUCCCGGCUCCUUCCAACUGCAACUCAAGGAAUGAGCUGAAAAUACGACGGGAACCGGAGCAUUCACCACCUCAUAAUUUGUUUUUAGAAUUGAACAAGGACGAGGGAAGUCAACAACCGACUUUAACAGUUACUCCCAAGGUGCUCGGAAACGACAGAUAUACAGAUCAAUUUGCUCUUCUAUUUUGUGAUAUUUUGACAAGAUUUUGUUAGUAGGGGUUCGCUCGAGGAGGCGGCAGGGAUUGAUUCAGUGAAAAACUACUGUCAUCAAGCGGCCAUCCACUAUGGAGAACGCUCACACGAAGACAGUGGAGGAAGUUUAUAGUUACUUCAAUGUAAUUGAAAGCACGGGGCUCAGUUUGGAUCAAGUGAAAAAGCAGAAAGAGAAAUAUGGACCUAACGAACUGCCUGCUGAGGAAGGGAAAUCUCUGUGGGAGCUUGUCCUAGAGCAGUUUGAAGACCUACUAGUGAGGAUUUUGCUUUUAGCAGCCUGCAUAUCCUUUGUGCUGGCCUGGUUUGAGGAGGGCGAGGAGACCAUCACCGCCUUCGUAGAGCCAUUUGUCAUUCUGCUCAUCCUCAUCGCCAACGCCAUUGUUGGUGUGUGGCAGGAGCGAAAUGCAGAGAAUGCCAUUGAGGCCCUGAAAGAGUACGAGCCAGAGAUGGGGAAGGUGUACCGACAGGAUCGCAAGAGUGUGCAGCGCAUCAAGGCCAGAGACAUUGUCCCCGGAGACAUUGUGGAGGUGGCUGUGGGUGACAAAGUUCCUGCCGACAUCCGCCUCACUUCAAUCAAGUCCACCACACUGCGGGUGGACCAGUCCAUUCUGACAGGAGAGUCCGUUUCGGUCAUAAAGCACACCGACCCUGUGCCUGACCCCCGCGCAGUCAACCAGGACAAGAAGAACAUGCUCUUCUCUGGCACCAACAUCGCCGCGGGCAAGGCGGUGGGUGUUGUGGUGGCCACGGCCGGCGCCACGGAGAUCGGCAAGAUCCGUGACGAGAUGGCGGGCACAGAGCAGGAGCGCACGCCGCUGCAGCAGAAGCUGGACGAGUUUGGCCAGCAGCUCUCCAAGGUCAUCUCGCUCAUCUGCAUCGCCGUGUGGAUCAUCAACAUCGGCCACUUCAACGACCCCGUGCACGGCGGCUCCUGGAUCCGCGGCGCCGUCUACUACUUCAAGAUCGCCGUGGCGCUGGCCGUCGCUGCCAUCCCUGAAGGUCUGCCUGCUGUCAUCACCACCUGCCUGGCUCUGGGCACUCGUCGCAUGGCCAAGAAAAAUGCCAUUGUGCGCUCGCUCCCCUCUGUGGAAACCCUGGGAUGCACCUCCGUCAUCUGCUCCGACAAGACGGGCACCCUCACCACCAAUCAGAUGUCUGUCUGCAGGAUGUUCGUUGUUGACAAAGUGGAGGGAGACGGCUGUUCCCUGAAGGAGUUUACAGUUACUGGAUCCACCUACGCCCCUGAGGGACAAGUUUUCCAUGAAGGCAAGGCGGUCAGGUGUUCCGAGUAUGACGGUCUGGUUGAGAUGGCCACCAUCUGUGCUCUGUGCAAUGACUCAUCACUGGACUACAAUGAGACCAAAGGAGUGUUUGAGAAGGUGGGCGAGGCCACCGAGACGGCCCUCACCUGCCUGGUGGAGAAGAUGAAUGUGUUCGACACUGAGCUCAAAGGCCUAUCCAAGGUUGAGAGAGCCAACGCCUGCAACUCGGUGGUGAAGCAACUGAUGAAGAAGGAGUUCACCUUGGAGUUUUCUCGGGACAGGAAAUCCAUGUCUGUGUACUGCACUCCCAACAAAGCCCGCUCCUCCAUUGGCAAGAUGUUUGUGAAGGGAGCUCCUGAGGGAGUUGUGGACAGGUGCACGCACAUCCGCGUGGGAGGCAACAAGGUGCCCCUGACGGCCGGCAUCAAGGAGAAGAUCAUGUCCGUGAUCCGAGAGUACGGCACCGGCCGUGACACACUGCGCUGCCUGGCACUGGCCACCAGAGACAACCCCCCCAGCAAAGACCAGCUCGUCCUGGAGGACUCCGCGCGCUUUGCAGAGUAUGAGACGGACCUGACGUUUGUGGGCUGCGUGGGCAUGCUGGACCCACCGCGUGCCGAGGUGGCCGCCUCCAUCAAGCUGUGCCGCCUGGCGGGCAUCCGCGUCAUCAUGAUCACCGGCGACAACAAGGGCACGGCCGUGGCCAUCUGCCGGCGCAUCGGCAUCUUCGGCGACGGCGAGGACGUGUCGCGCAUGGCCUACACCGGACGCGAGUUCGACGACCUGUCGCCGGUCGCCCAGCGCGAGGCCGUGCUCACGGCCCGUUGCUUCGCCCGCGUCGAGCCCUCGCACAAGUCGAAGAUCGUGGAGUUCCUGCAGUCCUAUGACGAGAUCACCGCCAUGACUGGUGACGGUGUGAAUGACGCACCUGCCCUCAAGAAGUCCGAGAUCGGCAUUGCCAUGGGCUCCGGUACCGCCGUCGCAAAGUCCGCGUCUGAGAUGGUGCUUGCCGACGAUAAUUUCUCCACCAUCGUGGCUGCCGUGGAGGAGGGCCGUGCCAUCUACAACAACAUGAAGCAGUUCAUCCGCUACCUCAUCUCCUCCAACGUGGGAGAGGUCGUCUGCAUCUUCCUGACGGCGGCGCUGGGCUUCCCCGAGGCUCUGAUCCCCGUGCAGCUGCUGUGGGUGAACCUGGUGACGGACGGCCUGCCAGCCACCGCACUGGGCUUCAACCCCCCCGACCUGGACAUCAUGAACAAGCCCCCCCGCAACGCCCGCGAGCCCCUCAUCUCCGGCUGGCUCUUCUUCAGAUACCUGGCCAUCGGAUGCUAUGUGGGUGCUGGUACUGUUGGAGCUGCUGCCUGGUGGUUCAUUGCUGCUGAGGAUGGACCCAGGAUUACCCUCUACCACCUGUCCCACUUCCUGCAGUGUGCGCCCGAUAACCCUGACUUUAAUGGCGUGUCCUGUGAGAUCUUUGAGUCGCCCUACCCCAUGACCAUGGCCCUGUCUGUGCUCGUCACCAUCGAGAUGUGCAACGCUCUCAACAGUGUGUCGGAGAACCAGUCUCUGCUGAGGAUGCCCCCAUGGGACAACGUGUGGCUGCUGGGGGCCAUCUGCCUCUCCAUGUCCCUCCACUUCCUCAUCCUCUAUGUGGAGCCCCUGCCGAUGAUCUUCCAGAUCACUCCCCUCAACUUGACCCAGUGGCUGAUGGUGCUGAAGAUCUCUCUGCCCGUCAUCCUGCUGGACGAGCUGCUCAAGUACGCCUCCCGCAACUACGUGGACCCGCCCAAGGAGCUGGACGAGAAGAAGGGUUGCUCGCUGGCCAACUGCAUGGAGGGCAUCUCCUGGCCGUUUGUGGCCAUCUCUCUGCCCCUGUUGAUCUGGCUGUACAACACUGACACUAACCUGGCCGAGAUGUUCUACUCCUCCUGACUGACCUAAGCACAACAACAACAUACAAACAAAAAAGAAAUGAACCCCCCUCCCCCCACCCACCCCCCUCCUUCUUUGUGUGUUGUAGCUAGAGAUUGUGUGAGCGUUUGCGUGCCAGUAUGCGUGCGUCUUCAAGUGUGUCUGUGCAGCAGUGAGCGUGCAUGUGAGGGACGAAAUGUUUAACACAACCAUAACAAUAAUAUAAGAGAAAAAAAACGCCUAUGUUUCUUUUUAAUAAAAGUGUAUUGGGGAGGGUGUAUGUGGGAGGGCGGGGGUGGCACAUUGUUUCUUUCAAGUUUUUUCGGGAGCUUUUUCCCCGUGGUGUAGAUUACUUCUGCCACAUCUGGUCUUGAGAUGAUCAGUUUCUCUUUUUACGUUGAUCAUUCGGUUGCCUUUUUAGAAAGUUUUUACAAUUUAACAAAUUGUAACUUCUCCAUGGUCUCAUUUCUAAUCCAUAGUCUUUUUUUUUUUUUUUUUUUUUGGUGCCCCC